UUUUUGAGAGCUAUAAGCUUUUCCGCGCCUCCAAAUUAGACCUAGCUUUGGUAUUGAAGAAGAUUGAGACUGAAGCCAUAUCGAUGGUGAGGAGAGGUCGCGGCGGAGGAGGAGGAGGAGGAGGUAUGGGGGGAGGAAUAAAUCGGAGAUAUCUGAGUCAAGUAAUGGAUUCGUGCGGGAAAGAAUUAGCAACGGCGGAGGAAAUAGUGGAUGACCUUCGUUCCAGGUACGGUAAUUUCGCCAGGUUGACCCGUCAAGUGCUUCUCCUCAACGUCAGACAUGUCCUUACUUCCCGAUCCAACAACAAGCGUUCCAAAGACGAAGACGAAGAUGACAACAAUGGCGAUGAUUCUGAUGAUGGUGGUAAGACCAAGAAGAAACCAAGACGUGUUGAUGAGAAAGAGGACAAGUUGCUGCGAGCUGAGCAAUCCCAUCUCAAGAGGAGAAACAAGGAGCGUUCAGUGUCUUCUUCUUCUUCGGAAGACAGUGGCGAUAUCUCCACUUCCGAGGACGCCAUAUACAGCCAGAAGUUGAGCCCAAGGUUCGAUUUGAUCAAUGACAGCCUACGAGAUAACUACGCUAAGAUGAAUAGCCCCAGCCCCAGCCCCGCCCCCAAGAAACCCAUUAAUGUCGAACUUGAGACUGUUACCAACGACAAAGCAAGAAACAAGAUGAUGACUACAAUGGGUGGCCGCCUCAAAAAGGAACCUCCUAGACUCUCUCGUCCCUUAACUCCUAAUGCCUCCGAGGUGCUUAAAGGAGGAGGAGGACCUACUUUUAAAGACUUUGGUGGGAUUAAACAAGUGUUGGAUGAUUUGGAGAAUUAUAUCCUCUUCCCUCUUCUCAAUCCUCCUCCCUUUAACACUGUGGGAGUCAAGCCUCCUCCCGGUAUUCUCUUCCAUGGUCCCCCUGGCUGUGGUAAGACUCAGCUCGCCAAUGCCGUUGCCAAUGAAGUUGGUGUUCCCUUUUAUCAGAUUUCUGCCACUGAAGUCGUUUCUGGUGUCUCUGGUGCUUCUGAAGAGAAUAUUAGAGAGCUCUUCUCUAAAGCCUAUAGGACUGCGCCUUCCAUUGUCUUUAUCGAUGAGAUUGAUGCCAUUGGAUCCAAGAGAGAGAACCAGCAAAGGGAGAUGGAGAAGCGGAUAGUUACUCAAUUAUUGACUUGUAUGGAUGGCCCUCGUAAUAAAAAUGAAGCUCAUUCUAGUUCUGGAUAUGUUCUCGUCAUUGGAGCUACUAAUAGGCCUGAGGCUCUUGAUCCUGCUCUCAGGAGAAGUGGCCGAUUUGAGCGUGAGAUUGCUCUAACCGUUCCUGAUGAAGAUGCCAGGGCUGAGAUACUCUCUGUUGUUGUCCAAAGACUUAGACUUGAAGGUUCCUUUGACAUGAAAAGAAUCGCUCGCUUGACUCCUGGUUUUGUUGGUGCUGAUUUGGAAGGUGUAGCUAACAUGGCUGGCAGUCUUGCCAUUAAGAGGAUCAAGGAUUCUAGAAAAUUGCAACUGUCUGGUGACAACGAGGAUGAUAAAUCUUGGCUGAGGCAGCCCUGGUCAGAAGAAGAUUUGGAUAAGCUCUUUGUCAGAAUGUCUGAUUUCGAGGAAGCAGUAAAGUUAGUAAAGGGAUCUUUAACACGAGAAGGUUUCUCUACUGUGCCUAAUGUAACAUGGGGUGAUGUUGGUGGACUUGACCAUCUACGGAGUGAACUCAACAAUUACAUAGUCAAGCCUAUCAAAAAUCCAGAGAUCUAUAAGGCUUUUGGGGCGACCUUAGAGACAGGUUUCUUGCUCUAUGGACCACCGGGUUGUGGCAAGACGUUGGUUGCAAAGGCAGUUGCAAACGAGGCAGGAGCUAAUUUCAUACAUAUCAAGGGUCCAGAACUUCUAAAUAAAUACGUUGGAGAAAGCGAGCUUGGUAUUAGGACCUUGUUUCAGCGCGCCAGGACAAGCUCGCCAUGUGUACUCUUCUUUGAUGAGGUGGAUGCUUUGACAAAAAGUCGUGGGAGAGAAGGUGGUUCGGUUGUUGAAAGUGUUUUGAACCAGUUUCUUACUGAACUGGACGGUGGAGAGAGACGCAAUGUAUAUGUAAUCGGAGCUACGAACAGGCCCGAUGUGAUGGAUUCUGCAUUCUUGAGACCGGGUAGGUUUGGGAAUCUAGUGUAUGUACCCCUCCCGAACGCGGAUGAGCGUGUCUCGAUCCUGAAAUCUAUCGCAAGGAAGAGACCCAUAGAUCCGAGUGUUGAUCUGGAUGCCAUUGCAAACAAGUGCGAAGGUUUCAGCGGAGCUGAUCUCGCCAACCUGAUGGACAAAGCGAUACACGUGGCAGUGAAGGAGAAAUUCGAGUCAAGUGAAGAUGAAGAAAUAGAUUUAAGUGAUUGCACCAUCAAGAUGACUCAUUUCGAGCAGGCCUUGUCCUUAGUCACACCAUCUGUGAGCAAACAGCAAAUAAAACACUACGAGGAACUACCAAAGAAGCUACAAAGAAGCAGCAACAAGAUGGAGCAAAUCAACGUAGGAUCAUCUUUUGCACUCGAGUAAUAAAGAAAAAGGACUUAUAUCUUAAUUUAUAAAAUGUUCCCAUUUUCGCGAGGGAUAUGAUGCCAUAUGUUUGUUUUUUUCUUUUUACAACAUGAGACACGUAAUGUUAAGAUGAUCAAGUUUUGUGUGGGGUUCCUCCAACAA